AUGCCAAGCUCACAGCAGCCUUGCUGGAGUCUACUGCCAAUGUCAAACAAUGGAAACAACAGCUUGCUGCAUAUCAGGAAGAAGCAGAGCGUCUCCACAAGCGGGUGA